CCGAAAAUAAACCGAAAAAUAGUACUCGCAAAUUAUUUGGCGACAAAUAAGUUCCUCUACCUCGGGUCCCACUGUAUCCUUCACUUCAUAGGCAGUAUAUGUAUAUGUAUAUAGAUAUGUAUAUAUAUAAGUAUAUAAGUUUAUUUGCAUAUAAGAAAUGGAUACACGAGAUGCCAAUUGAAGCCCUUGUACUGUGAGACGAUUAUUAGCAACUGUAAUAAUCUCGGUCAAUCACAAAGCCAAUUUCUAGCUUCAAUUUUUCGCACUCAAUACCUGUUUAUCGUGGACUGGUUUGUUUCCAGCUUCAACUUCCCUUUGGCAGGCCACACAGUUGCAGGUCAUGUCCUAUGUAACGGUGGAUAUUGGUAGUGAACAGUUGGUGAACUGGCACGACCUAUAGCCACACACUUCCACCACACUGACCCGGCUCGGCGAGACUUUGAAAAUGCUCAAAAAGCGUCUAGUCAUCGAUCUUCCUUAAAAUUAAUUCAAUCAGUACCAACUCGCUGGAACUCGGAGUAUGACAUGCUCGAGCGCAUGAAGAGAUUACAGCAACCAUUGUCAGAUGUGCUUUUGCGAACUAUUAGUGUAACUGGAUUGUCUGGCACCGACUGGAAGAAACUUAGUGAUAUUAUCAAGGUCUUAGAACCAUUGAACGAGGCCACUAAAAUUGCUUGUGGGUCAAAAUACCCUACGAUCUCCAUGAUUGAGCCAAUACUUCGAGGGGUGGAGGAAGCUUUCGAAAAUCUUGAUUUCGAUGACGAGACAAGCGUUGGUCUGAAUAAUAUUGAUAGCGAAGAUAGUGAUGACGAUGAUAAUAGUGAUGAUGUUCAGAUGGGACUUCCAACGAUUGAUAACGAGUCUCAGAUGCAUAUGGGUUAUAACUUUUCAAAAAAUAUAAUCCGGAAUUUAAAAAUUAGGUUUUGUGAGAUUAAGGAAGAUAAGUUGUAUCGUAAAUGUACAUUUCUCGAUCCUCGUUAUCAGGAUUACUUUUUAACCGAUGAUAAGGUGAAAGAUGACAUAAAGAAAGAUAUAAAAGAAGAGAUUAUUGCCUAUAAAUAUUCGAACAAUGUUUUUGAAAACGAACAUGAAACUGUUGCUGAACCUCCUGUAAUCAAACCCACCAAGUUUUGGGACUUCAUGAAACAGCGACGAGCUAAUAGAGAAGAAACAGUAACCUUGCGCCUUGAGAAAGACAUUGAUCAAGAACUUAUUCAAUAUUUGUAUUCAGCAGAUAUUGAUCCUUCGGAUGAUCCUAUUCAUUGGUGGAAAAAAGAAUCAGUUAAAUAUCCUCUCUUAUCAAUGCUGGCUCGACGUUAUUUGCCAAUUCCAUCUACGUCUGUUGAGAGUGAGAGGCUGUUUUCUACUGCUGGAGACAUUGUGACUGAAAAGCGCAAUUCAUUAUCACCUGAUAAUGUUGCUCGGUUGUUAUUUUUAAAUAAAAAUAUAACUCGUUAUGUUUGAUUGAAUAUUAUAUCGAAAUUUUAAAUAAAAUAACGCUAUUCUAUUUAGA